AUGGAUAAAACUGAAAAUAAUAAUCCUGAUUCUGCUGGUUCCAAUAAACGAUAUGAAAAUGCUGAAAAAGAUGCCAAUGAGGUAUCUGAGACUUUAAAACAAAUUGAAACAUAUUUUUCUAAUUUAUCGAUCGAUAGAAAUUUGACAGAAGAGUAUUUACUUGAUAGUCUUAUUCAGUUAUCUGUGAUUAUUUGGAAAUGGUCAAGAAGUUUUACAAAUACUUGUUCUCUUAUUCAAAAUGAUAAACAAAUUAAUGAUCAAAACUACAAAUUAGCAUUUCAAAUUGUCAUUGAUGGAAUAAAUUUGUUAAGAUAUUUAUUAGGAUUAGAAACAAACUUGGCUAUAUUUGUUAAUGAUCCAUUAACACAGUUUGUUCAAGAACAAAUAAACAUAUUGAAAACAAAACUUUCAUCAUUACCAAUUCAUAUGUUAUCUGAAGAACUUUCAGUUAUAUUUCAUGGUUUACGUCUAUUUAAACAAAAGACUGAUGAUGACGAUGAUACUAAUUUAGACUUAGUUGGAAAUAUAUUCAAAAAGACUGAUAAAACCAAUCUCAAAACUGGUUUUGAUUUUGAUGAUCCAUUUGAAUAUUUGAGACAUGGAGAACAAGAGAAAAUAUUCGAAAAGAUUGAAAAC